AAUAUUAAUGAGUCAACCUCACCAUAGUAGGAAGCGGUUUGAUAAUACGCGUCCCUGUAACCAAAGCUGUUAAAGUACUCGCUAGAGUGCGCGGAAUCGCAGUAAACAUUGGACAGAGCUGCUUUUCCGUAUGUUAAACCUACUUAUGACACUUUUACGACACAUAGCAAUACUUUAAAAGUCAUUUAAGCACUUCUCUCAGGUUACCUGGACGCGCAGCUGAGAUCCUCAGCGAUGGUCGAGGUGUUUUCAGGAAGAACACUCGUGAAUAAAGAGGGGGAUCUGGUGGAUCCAGAGGAAGCUCUCCGGAAUAAAGUGGUUGGCCUGUAUUUCUCCGCUGGAUGGUGUCCACCUUGCCGAGACUUCACUCCGCUGUUGUGUGAUUUCUACACGGAGCUGGUGGAGGAGACCGAGCCACCUGCACAGUUUGAGAUCGUGUUUCUAUCCUCUGAUAAAUCCACUGAAGACAUGGUGGAGUAUUAUCAUGACAUGCACGGGGACUGGCUGGCUCUGCCCUGGACGGAUCCAUUUAAACAUGAACUCAAGAAGAGAUACAACAUCACAGCCCUACCAAAGCUGGUCAUCGUGAAGGAGAACGGUCAGGUGAUCACAGACAAAGGCCGAAAGCAGAUCCGAGACCAGGGUCUGGCGUGCUUCCGGAGCUGGCUCGAGGUGGCCGAGAUCUUCCAGAACUUUAAAGCCUAAGAAUCACGUGGAGGUGUUUCCCGAAUUACACUGAAUUCCCAAGGGCUUUAUCCGAAACAUUUACCUGCAGAAAAGAGCCAGAACUUUUACAUGCAACCGUGUACAAGAGAUCUUUUUCAGGUCAACAACCCACACGACUAGCUAAAACUUCCAUUCGGGCUACUUUACCGAAGUUGGCAACACUUUACAAUAAGGUUCCAUUAAUAGUUACGUAGGGAUACUUAAUUUUUGGCAUGUUUUAGCUUACC